UCUGCUGACAAUACUGUCCAUAUUUAAUUAUAAAAGAACACGGCUGAUAUUUACAGAAAUUAAGAAUAAUAAACAAAAUGCCUAAAAAUGAUGAUAUUGUGAUGGCUAAAAAAAAAUCGAAAAAUCAUAAACCUAUUAAUAAAAAUAAAAUUAAAACACCCGCUACGGAUGAUAGUUUUGAAGUUGAUGAAGAGGAUGACAGCCACAACAAGGAUGCUGCCGCUUCGAGUCUUCAUAGUUCAUUUAACGACGACGAAAACGUUCAUAUCGAAGCCGAAGAGGAGGAGAAAGUAACAUUAACAACAGAUAUCUCAGCCUCUACCAGCUCCAAUGGCGGAGCAUUACAGAAUAAAAAUGAAAAACCUUGCAGUUCUAAGAAAUCAGUUAAUAAAAGAGAAAAUAUUCAGACUCCUCAUCCUAAUAUUAAUAUUAAGAAGCCCCGAAAACGUCGUGACAGUGGCACAUCAAGCGAAGAAGAACGUUGGUUAACGGCCAUAGAAGCAGGCAAAUUGGAAGAAGUCGAAGAUGUUGAGUUAAAAAAAAUCAAAGAUCCUAAAUUAAUGACAGCGCGUCAACGGGCUAUAUACGAUCGUAACAAUGAUAACGAGGCUACGGCUGGAUUUGCGGAAUCUCUGGUAGCUCUACCUAUUGGUUACAAAGAAAAAGAAAAACCUCAAACUGCCGAAGAAAUACAAAAAGCUCAGUUAAAAUCGCAGAAACGUAAGCAAUUGGCCGAUGAGAAGCGUGAAAAGGAUAAAAAGAAAACAAUGGAGCGUCUAUUGAAAAAGCAAGAAAGUAAACAAAGAACAUCCAAUAAACCUAAAUCCACAAAAAGUAAUCAACCAAUGAUAAGAUAUCGCAACACUUUAGAAGGAGCCGUUAUACAAAUGCCUGCAGGUGUAGAAUAUCCUUUACAAAGAAAAAUUUACAAAGAUCCACCAGCAAAAAAAUUAUGUGCCAUUGUUGGCUGCGGAAAACCCAAGGUUUACAAUUGCUCUAAAACGAAUCUGCCUUUAUGCAGUUAUGCAUGUUAUCGUAAAAAUGUUUUAUCACUUAAAGAUAUUAUGUGUUAAACUCUUAAAUUUUGUUGAAAAACGAUUUAUUGAUUCAUUAGGAAGCAAUUGAUGACUUCUUGCUGCUCCGAUUCAAUGCGUUGCAAGUAUUGA